AUGUCCUCGCCUAUAGCGCCAGCUGCCGACGUGGCACCCGGGACUAUGCCUGAAAAAAGCCAGCAAACCACAGAUGCAAAGCCCCGAUCCUUGCGUGAGCGCCUGAAGCACAAAGGAAGACAUUACUUGAACAAAGCCCCGGGUUUGCUCCCCUCUUACGCCAAAGUACGGCCUUCCUCCCGGUUGAUGUCUAAUACCCUCAAAGAGAAGAUGGCGGUUCUAUGGAAGGAUGGAGAUUCCUCGCCGACAACGGACAAUAAGCUGGAUACUCCAAUGGAUAAUAGCUCUCCCGACUCGAAUAUACACAAUGUAGUACAGGCAUGGCCGACCGGGUUACAACAACAUCCUGUAGAUCAAACAAUCUCGUUCUCAGCAAAGGAUGGAGAGGGCGCUGCAGCGAAAUCCGAAAGCCAUCGCAGAUGGAUCAAGAACUAUCCAGGAGUGAGAAGGAAACGAGUUACCUCGGCGCCUAUCCUACCUCUACAGUCGGUUGAGCUUACCGGGGUAGGUAGCCAAUACGACGUUGCCAAAAGGCCAGCGUCUGCGUUGAUCUUGGGCAACGCAGGUUUGAAAGAAAAGGACGAUGCUAUACGCCGGCGCAGCCUGAGUCAACCAGUGACUUCAACUUGCGGUAUAGACAUCCCUGAGUACGGUCAAAACUUUUCUUUCGCUACAUACAACCAAUCCGAACUCGACCUUUUACGACGGCUUUCUGAGGACACAUUCCAAGCCUCGACGUCUGCACGAGACUCCACCUUUAGCUUUAGCUUCACACGGCCCUCUUCUAUGAUUUCAGCUGCUAGCACCUACGACUCGUCCAUUGGCAAGGCCAGUUCCACGCCUUCUCGCCGACGAUCUCUUUUCAGAAAGACGUUGUCAUCUUCUUCAUCUCUUAAUGUAUACCGAGAAUCGCUUCGUAACAAUCGAGAUCAUGACAAGAUUCCCGUUCCACCUAUCCCAUACCUCGACCCGCAAACCAAAGAACGACUAUCGGCAUCAGCAAAUAUUCCAGUAUACCAACAGCUCAUCGCUGCCUCAGGGCCUACUGACUCGAUCGCGUCACUUGAAUCAGCGAAAGACAGCUCAUUGACUGUGUCUGAUCAGGUGGCUUUGGCUGGUUGGGUUGCCCAACAACGUCGUUUGAACAAAGGUUUACUACUCUCUUCAUCAUUCAAUCCACCCAAAGUACAGUCGCCGCUUGCUAGUGGACAGCUCCAGGUUGAGGAGAAUCCUGAUGAAGAGUUGAGUACCAUUGAGGAACGACUCUCAGACGCAGGACCUCCGAGUGAGUCGAUGCGUAGACUGAGUAUGGAUGAUCACGUCGAUAGAGGUCACCCCUCUGCCCCCCGUAGUCAUCCAGCCAAAACAACGAUACCAUCUACAGGGACGAGAACCGAGACCACAAUGGAUGCUCGCUCUACAGCUCUCUCUAGCAAGGAUGAUACGGAAAAUGGGUUGACUCCGGACACUUAUGUGACUGAGACUGACACAAGCGAAACUGAUGAGUCCAUGUCUGAUGUCUCGCGGCAAACAGAUGAGUCUUUUGAAGAAGCAUUUCUCGCUUCGUGUCUGGACCCAGCCCUCCUAGCCUCUGUCACUGCCCUGAAAGAUACGGUCACCGCACUGGUUAUCCCACGGAUUGUCGACUGGGUGAAAGCUUGUUCGCCAGGACUCAAUCACAAUUCAGGAACUUCCGACUCUACACAAUCUACUGGUCAAAAUGGCCCACCGGCUGAAAGUCAUGGUAACAGAAAGAAGAGGGGGAUCGAUGAUAGAGAGAGUGAAGGUGACAAUACCAAUGGUGGCUACAGAGGAAAUGGGGACGAUCAUGAAAAACGCCGCAAGACUGAAAGCACGCCAUCGGGAUCAGUGUCAAAUCUUGCCUGCCCGUUUGUUAAAGAAUAUCCCGGAGAGCGAUGGCCCCGGUGCCAAAAAGGCUGGCCUAGCGUUCAUCGGAUAAAGGAGCAUAUUUAUAGAUCUCACAAAGCACCUAUUUAUUGUAAGAGAUGUUUCAGAAUUGUCAAGGCGGAGAAAGACCUCGAUGCGCAUCUCCGCCAGGACCCGGCUUGUGAAGUUGUUAGCCCAUCAAGAGAAAUGCCAGGCAUCGACAAUGAGACUAAAGAGCGUCUCAAGUCAAGGCGGGGCAUCCAGAACUUUUCCGAGGAGGAAAAGUGGAAGCAUAUGUAUAGGGUUCUGUUUCCGAAUACCGAAGAUAUACCAUCACCAUAUUGUGAUCUGCAAAUACUCGAGGCACCCAUGACUGCAGAAACGCGGGCUCAAUAUCGCGGCUUUCUACGAAGGGAGGUUCCCCCCCGUUUGAUACGAGACAUAAAUGCCAAUGUGCGAAAUAUGCCCGCAUUUCAGUUCAGCUCUGAAGUAUCUGAACGCUCACUCUUUGAAACGGUUUCUUCUGCAGUCUGGAAUGCCUUUGACGAAGUCUUGCCGAGUCUGCUGCCCCCAACCGAACACGGGGAUCAAGCAGCAAGCGCAGCCCCAGUCACCGAGGCUCGGGCUGAUUCUCAAGACCAGACAUUGUCUGAUACCUCUUUGGCACUUCAAGAUGAGCCAGACUUAUCAAGUUCACAUCGUGACCUUCCCACUUUCGAAACGGAGGCAGCACAAAGAUCUCAUGAUACGACUGCAGAGAAUCCCAUUGCUGGCUGGAACCUGUUAGAUCCUGAAAAUAUGGCGGUUAGAAAUCUGGACUUUGAUGAGUUAGGAGAAUUUGGGGAUGGUCUUGAUCCUGUUGGUUAUGACUUGACCUUUGACCAUUUGCUAUAUUAA